AUGGAUACCAAAGAACACUACAAACCAAUUUAUUUGCUUCUGAUUUGUCUAUCAACUAUCCUGCAUCAAACCUUAGCUUUUGGAUCAACACCAAGUGCAAAAGUUUUGUGCAUAAAGAAGGAGAGGGAAGCUCUUCUUGAGUUCAAACGAGGUCUCAUAGACGAAAAUAAUUUGCUUUCUUCAUGGAAAAAUGAUGAAGAUAAUGAGGAAUGUUGUUCUUGGAGGGGUGUGAAAUGCAGUAACACAACUGGCCAUAUACUCGUCCUCAAUCUUCGUGGGAGUAUUGAAUCCAAUCCUGAUGAUACUAAGGAUCUCACAUUGAGAGCAAAUAUUUCCUCCUCUCGUCUUUCCGUCCUUGACAUCUCCUAUAAUGGAUAUUCAUCUCCUGCAAUAUAUAGUUGGUUAUUUAACUUCACUAGUCUUACUAGCCUAGAUCUUUCGGGCAAUAAUUUAGGUCAAAUUGUUAGUGCCUUUGGGUACUUGAAAUCUUUGGAACAUCUUAGGCUAUAUGGAAGUGGUAUUCAAGGUGGGAUACCAAAGUCUGUUGAGAAUUUAAGUCACUUAUGCUCUCUUGAUGCAAGAUCCAAUAACUUAAGUCAACCAUUUUCUGAGUUGCUUAAUAUCUUGUCAGGGAGUAAUAGAUCACUUGAAUUUUUGUCUUUUGAGGACAAUGCACUCACUGGUUCAUUGAUUAAUCUUACUAUAUUUUCAUCCUUGAGGGAAUUGAGGCUACGAAACAAUUUGCUGAAUGGCAUUUUCCAUGAAAGCUUUAGACAAAUUUCCAGUCUUGAAUAUCUUGAUUUGUCUAAUAGCCAAAUGACAGGGCCAUUACCAGACUUGGCAUUAUUUCCGUCUCUGAAAGAGUUGCGUCUCGGGGGUAAUCAUUUUAAUGGGGAAGCUUUUCGACCUUGA